AUGGCAACGAGAGGAAUUGCUGCUGCGUGCGUAAUAUGGAAGCACCGAAGAAACCCUUCUCUUCGAUCACUAACUCACAAUUUCAAUCACUUCAAUCCUCAAAUCAUCCCAAGAGGGUUUAAAUAUCAAAUUAGGGCGAUUCAAGGAUCAAAUGCUAACCCUGUUACACAAUUGAAGAACAAAGAGGACCCAAAACCUCAAAAUUGGAAAAUCAAAAUGCUUUACGAUGGAGAUUGCCCUCUCUGUAUGCGUGAGGUUAAUAUGCUUAGGGAAAGGAAUGAAAAACAUGGAAGUAUAAAGUUCGUUGACAUAAGUUCUCAAGAUUAUUCCCCUGAAGAAAAUCAAGGGCUUGAUUACAAAACAGUAAUGGGACAAAUCCAUGCGAUUCAAUCUGAUGGAAAUGUGGUAAAGGGUGUAGAGGCAUUUAGGAGAUUGUAUGAAGAGGUUGGGCUUGGUUGGGUUUACACUAUCACCAAAUUUGAACCAAUAGGAAAGGUAGCUGAUGCUGUGUAUGAUUUUUGGGCUAAAUAUCGACUUCAGGUCACAGGCCGACCGUCUAUAGAAGCCAUUCUCGAAGCAAGAAAGAAAUAUAAGGUAGAGACUUGUGGUGAUAGCAAGGAGUGCAAGAUGUGA